AUAAGAUGGGAAAUUACAGGUCGAAGCUCCGAAGCCUUGGAUUUCCUGAGGUUGUCUGCAACUCACUUAAGAACAAGCACCCGGAUGACAGGUCUGCUGCAAAGAAUAUAAAGAAAGCACGGAAAGGAGAAGUGGUGUUUCUCCCACACUAUCCUGCAGGAGACAGUAAGGACCAACAAGAGCUGGACCGAAACCAACUAAUCACUGAAUCAAAGAAGAGAGAGAGCACAGUCAUCAAGGACUUGAUGUGCAGAACUUUUGCACAUAGGAGACAUGAGGUUGUCACCCUACAGAUGAGCAUCAGUGACAUCAAGGACAGAUGGCCCGCCUUGUUUGAUGUCUCGCAAGUUAGUGCAGAGUUUCAGAGGAUCACCACACUGAAUCUUGAGCCAAAAUUCAUGGCAAUGUUGGACUUCUAUACACCUAAACUGCUGUCCUUGUUUCAAACGAAGAAAGGUGCUGCAGGAGAGAGACAUCGGGCACAAAUGAGUGUUCUACUUAAGAGUGGAAUCCCCAUUCAACAGACCCGGGAUGUUGUCAUCCGAUGUCUCAUCAAUCACUUGGGAGAAGAUGCCAGUGCCUUGUUCAAGGACUUUGAGGAUGCUGCUGAUGGAUCUGCCAGUGUUCAAGAGGAGUUGGCAGAAGAGGUCAUGAAGAUUUACCUGCUGCGGAAACAAGAUGGGUCAUUGGAUGUCGGGAUUGUCAUUGAGGGCAACACUGUCCUCAGCAGUCUUGGAGAUGUUAGCAGGGCCUGCUGCUAUCUUUUGGGACUGACGUACGCGUUAGAUCUGCAAUACGCCAAGAACCUCAAACAUAGUUUUGAGGUAUUCCAGAAAGUACUGCUGGAGCUGGAUUCUGGAAACCUUUCCAACAAGGUUCAGAGACUAAAGAAUUACCUCUGUAUGUAGUGACUGGCUACUGUUCAGCAAGAUGCUCUCUUAGUUACGGAAUUUUUCAUUGGCAAGUCUAAAGUUUAGCUGAUGUACUGUUGUCUUAAUGUUUACAUAAGACUUAAAGUUUCCAUUCAUAGUGAAAUUGCAUGUUGGACUGUUCUUGUUUUUUGAUGUGGAACUUUAAUGUGAAAUAUCACUGUUUUUGGUGCAUUUCAGGAGGAUGCAAAAUGUUGUCCUUGGUGCAUUUUAGACAUGCAAAAUGUCAUUGUUCUGUUCAGACCCAACCAGACCAGUCACACCCCCUGAGGGACUCAUUAUGGCUCCUGGUCACCGCCUGGUAGAGAGUUUAGUUAAAGCAACAAAAAGAAAACAGAGAUAAAUAUGGAGGAUGUAGCUAUUUGUCUUUACUCAGACCCAGGAAGUGAAACAUAAAGACAAGAAAGACUAGUAUAAGUAUAUUCAUGUUAAGAUGCUGUAAAAAGAGAUUUGAUUGGUUUGGCAAUGCACUUUGACUGUUGGAACU